AUGAAACAGACAAAUAAGAAAAGCGGAAUUAGGGUUUCAAUUCAAAGAGAGAGAGAGAGAGAAAUAUCGAAGAAGAACGACCUAGCUCGCAGAAAAAGACAGCACGAAUUCGAACUCCAAAGAGAGAAAUUAGAGAAAGAAAACAAGGCAAAGAAGCUGCAGGCCAAGAAGAAUAAGAUGAAAGUGGAUGGUAGUGACACGAAGAAAAAGAAGAAGGGUGCAAGUGGAUUCCAAGUUGGGAAGAGAAAGGUGAAGACCAAGUUGACAGCAUUGGCAAAAGCAAAGGCUGCCCAAGCGAUGGAGCUUGACAAGAAUCCAAUAUUGAGAUACCCUCAUAUGGCUGGAAUCUCUUUACCAUGGAAAGGGGGGAGCGUUCUCGUUCUCAUUCUAUGUAAGGAUUUAUUUAUUUAUUCUGUAAAUCUAAUUUAUGUUGGUUAUAUUAUUAGUAAACUAAAUAUGAAAAUGAUCUUGAAGUUUCAUUUUCGAUAUACAUUAAUGGUAUAUCCAAAUAGUAAAUUGGGAAUAUUUGAUUCCCCAACAUUCCUAGGCAUCUCAUACAAAGGUAUGAAAUAUUGAUUCCUGAUAUUACUAAUGCAAUUUGGACCUUUAUUCAUUUAUUUUUCCUUCGAAUAUUACUGUUGUUUUGAUUUUAGAUUUUGCUUUGAUCAAGCUUAGAUAAAUUAGUUUUGCUACUAAUGCAAUUUGGACUCGAACAAAGUAAUAAUGAAAUGUUUUUACUGUGUUUUGAAGUUGCCAAUCUAUACUUGUUUGCCAAAAAACACUGGAAAAGAGAUAGCUCUCUUACCAUCAAAGCUGAUGCUAAAAGAUUUUGAAUACGUUAUUACAAGAAAACCUAAAAACCAGUUCCAUACACUAUCAAAAGAAAAAGGGCAGCCCCAAGUUAGCCAGUCACCAUUGUUGUCUUUUGAAGGAAAAGAAAAUAAGAAAAG